GUUUUUCUCAUAUAUCCCCGGUACAGCAAGGACUACAAAAAGGACGGCUUGUCUACCUAGGUCCUGGUCAGGCUGUUGGUUCUCUCUUGUUUUUCAGAAAACCAGGAACUGAGAAUCAUGGCUGCAAAGCCCAUACUGUAUUACUUCAAUGGCAGAGGCAGAAUGGAAUCGGUGCGCUGGCUCCUGGCAGCUGCUGGGGUGGAGUUUGAAGAAGUGUUUUUGGAAACAGCUGAAGACCUUCAAAAUUUAAUUAAGGAUGGAAAACUAAUGUACGAACAAGUGGUGCCAAUGGUUGAAAUUGAUGGAAUGAAGAUGGUACAAUCCAGAGCCAUCCUGAGAUAUAUAGCUGCAAAAUACAGCUUGUAUGGGAAGGACCUGAAGGAGCAAGUCCUGAUUGACAUGUAUGUGGAAGGAAUGAGAGAUCUGUACGACAUAAUUAUAUUGCUCCCAUUAGCUUUGCCUGAAGAGCAGGAGAAGAAUCUUAGCUUCGUCAAUGAGAGAGCCACGCAAAGAUUCUUCCCAGUGUAUGAGAAGGCAUUAAAAGACCAUGGCAAAAACUACCUUGUGGGCAACCAGCUGAGCUGGGCAGAUAUCCAUCUCCUUGAACUCAUCUUAAUGGUUGAAGAAUAUAAGUCUGAUGUUCUCUUGGUAUUCCCUAAACUGCAGGAGUUCAAAGCUAGAAUCAGCAAACUCCCCAGGAUUCAGAAAUUCCUUCAGCCUGGUAGUCCAAGAAAGCCACUGGUGGAUGAUGCAAGUUUUGAAGCUGUAAAGAAGAUAUUUAAUUUGGAAAAAGGCUUACUUUUUAAAUACUCAAGUACUCUAUUAGCUAACUUUUAGUCAUGCCCACAAAAAAUACUAGAAUGUGCUCCUAUAGCAUUUCUAGUUUCAGUAACUAGUAAAUAUGAUAUGCCUCCAUAUAGAUAUUGCUAUAUAUUGGAAAACCUAAUCUUUACAUUGCUUAUUAUAAAACUUAGUUUGAUUAGAAUUUGACCUUACUCAGGGUCAUAGAUUUAUAAAUUUUAUUUUUCUUUUUCUCACAUAUUUAGGGCCAAAUUUAGAGCAAAAUAGAACUUAAGGGGCACUGAAUCUAUCCUCUUCAUUUUACCGAUGUGGAAAUUGACAAGAGAGGUUAAGUGACUUACCAGAGGUCACCCAGGCAAUAGGUGGUAGUCAGGAUUCAAACUCAGGUCUCCUGUUUCCAAAUUCAACACUUUUUCAACUGUUACACUAUCUCUGCUUCAAUUAAUCCAAAUUUUUCUGGAAAGUGGAAACUUUUGGAAUAAAACUGAAAAUCAUAUGAAAACAAGAUGAUACUAAAGAUUUCUUAAAGAAAAAAACCCAACCUUAGUAGAUGAUGCAUUAGAUUCCUUUUAGAUGCAAACCUUUCACACCUGCCCUGACAGUCUUCAGGCUCCUCAACAAAAGAAGUGACAUUCAGUUAUCUUCACUGUACAGAAUUUAGGCAGGAAAGCAGUCUGCCAAUAUUUUAGAAAGAUUUUCAUUAAAAAAAAAAACAACAGGAAAAAACUGGUUUGUUUAGUUCCCAGUUAAUGAGAAACUUCAAUUAAUACCCUAUUCCUUUCUCCCCAUGACACUGCUAAUCAUGGUUUUAUUCUACUUUAAAAAAAAA